AUGAAGUCUGAAGAGGUGGGGUUGAUUUCGCAGCAUCGACAACGAACAACACGUCUUAAGCAGUCUUGUCUUUUGAUUGACCAUGGUUCACGACCCUACAAUAACUUCUUGGAAGGUCCAAUAAAUACAACGAGCGGGUCCAAUACAGCAAAGAUCAUCUCACCAAAUGGAGAUCUGAUUAUUGAGCACACCGAUCCAUCUUCGACAACUGGCAAGAUCGCUUGGCAAGUCUCAGUCACAUCUCUCAAAGAGAAUUCUCGAUACUUUGAUGCUAUGCUAGAUCCAGAAAAGUUCUCGGAAGGAAGAUCUCUCGCUCAGCAACUACAGGCGCUGGAGAUUAAAGCUGAGUCGCAGCCGGGGUCAAGCUUCGAUAGCGGUAAUGAGAUCUCUUUGCCUGUCAUUCAAUUUUCUGAAAAUCCUGUGGUCAAGCUGUGUGGUACAGAUAUCUUGGGACUGUUCAUGAAAGUGUUAUGCUUGGAAUCUAUGAAUGAUACCACCAACGGUCUCUUCCAAGAGGCCUUGAAGAUUGAAAACCCGGCUACUAUUGCAAGGCUCAUUCAAGUUGCCGAUUCUUUCAGCUCCACGGAUCGUGUCGAGCAUGUAUUGCGACUAGUAAAAUAUCAGUAUGGCCCGAAAGGGAAGAUGUCAAUAUCGCGUUUUGACGCUGCUUUGGUGGAUAUGAAAGAAGAACGGAUUCGUCAGAUUAUCUUCAUCUCAAAACUUCUUAAAGACCAUGCCAUAUUUCAGGUCAUGACCCAUACCCUCCUCAUACUUGGAUCAAGAUUCUGGAACAAUGCACCAGAAGGUCCAGAUGUCGAUUCCUUUUACUGGAACUAUCUAUCUGAUAAUAUUGAAGAGGAACUAUACUAUCGACGGCAGUGCGUCAUGAAUACUAUCACUGACCUUCAAGCGUACUUCAUGCGCGCCUAUGGAGUAUUGGACGAUCCAAAUCCAAGACCAAGCCCGGCUCCAAACAGGAUGUUAGGCGCUGCAUUUUCCACAUCAACCCAGACAACUCAGUUCCAAUGCCGCGGCGGUAUGGGAAAUUCAAGUCAAUGUGACACAUUUGAGUUGGGUCAGAUGAUACGCUUCUUCGCUAUGCGUAGCAGAACCGUCUUUCUCGGGUCAAAUAUCAUCGAUCCUGACUUCAAUUUGGAUCCUUUAGGUAGUGACGAUGGGGUUGAUUUCACGCAACAAGGUCCAGCUUCGGAAAGCAUCAUCAGCAUCAUAUCUACUCUACGGCGAUAUCCAGACUAUCAGGUGGAUUCUUAUCACGGAAGCUGUGGGGUACGGCGUCGUCUACUCCCAAUCAUUCCUUGCAUUGAAAAAUACCUCUUGGAUGCACAAGCUCUCCUCGGCGUGGAUUACAGAAUUUGGAGCAGCCCAGUCAGUCGUUGUGAGGCGGAAUGGAUCGGCGGUAUGAAGAAUCUCACUGUCGAUAUUCGACAGGGAAUUAUUGCUUCCAUCUCGUCCACUUCAGGCAAAUUAAUACGAUUUAGCACUGCAGCCGAGUAUGCAAAAACCUUGUUCACAGCGAAGAGCCGCAAUUGGGAGGCAUGA